AUGGCCAUUGUGGUUACCUUUUCUAUUUUCUCAUUGAUUUGUCUCUGGAGAACUAGUUUUGGUGCACAAAGAAAUAGUUUGAAGCCAGGUGAUGUGCUUGAUCAGACAAGCAUGCUAACCUCUGAAAACCGGAGGUUCUAUCUUAAAUUUGAUUCAAUUCAGCAGUUCCCCAGCCCCACUUACCUUUUUAUAGGCCGCAAAGACACUUCCUCUGAAGCUGAAGAAGACACCAAAUAUGGCUAUAAGAGUUGGAUUGCAAACAGAAACGACCCUAUUUUCAACAAUUCUGGGGUUCUUACUUUGGAGUAUUCUGGUACUCUCAAAAUCAACCGUCAUAACGGGAAGCCAAUAACUCUGCAUUCUCCUGCCAAAUCUGAAGUUACUAAAAAUACCAUUCUAACUCUAUUAGAUUCAGGAAACUUGGUCCUGCGAGAGCUGCAUCCCAAUGGUGUUUCAAAGCGUGUGUUGUGGCAGAGUUUUGACCAUCCUUCAGAUAUACUACUUCCUGGCAUGAAGUUAGGAAUUAAUCACAAAACUCAUCAAUCUUGGUCUGUUACAGCGUCUAUUUCUGAUGCAGCCCCAGCUUCUGGUUCAUUCACUCUCGAGUGGGAUCCAAGAAAAAAGCAGUUAAUCAUUAGGAGACAUGGGCAGAUAUAUUGGGCAAGUGGGGUGGUCAAAAACAACAGAUUUGUGAACAUACCAGAAGAAGUUCAGCAGUUUUAUGAAUACAACAUUGUCUCAACAGAGGAAGAAGAGUCCUUUAGUUUCAGAGGUAAAUAUGAUGAUGAAUCACAGUGGGUGCUGUUUCAUAAUGGUCGGUUAUUGGACACAAAAGGGAGUGAUUUCCUCAUUGCUAGUGCUGAUACUUGCUAUGGCUUUAACAGUGAAAGUGGCUGUCAAAAAUGGAAACCACCCAACUGCAGAAAACCUGGUGAAAAAUUCCAAAUUCAGUUUGAAUAUAUGGGUUCUCCAUCUGGAAAUGAAAGUUUUUUCGUGAGAGACGCAAACAUUAGUAUAGGUGAAAGUGAUUGUAAGGCUACUUGCUGGACCAACUGUACCUGCUUUGGGUUCGAAACCAUUUUCCUCAAUGGAACUGGAUGCAUGUAUUACCAUGGACAUUGGAGGACAGCGCCUGUUGACUCUAGGGAUACAAGCAUAAACAUCUUAAUACCAUCACCAUAUGACUCAGAUCAUAAAGGUAUGGCUGCGACGCAAAGCUUAGAAUUUCCUCUUCCUAUAUAG